AUGUCGUUUGUUGCUCCUCCUGGCUAUCAGCCAAUCUAUGGCCCUAAUAUUCCCUAUCUGGGGCCUAUUCAUGGAGGCCUAAGGGAAGGGGUGUCCAUCUACAUCCAGGGGUCCAUUCCUGAGGACAUUACCAGGUUCCUUAUCAACCUGCUCUGCGGAGAGUCUGAGUCCAGCGACAUCGCCCUCCACUUCAACCCUCGAUUUGACGGCUGGGACAAGGUGGUCUUCAACUCUUGUCAGGAGGGAUCCUGGGGGGAUGAGGACAAGACUCAUGAUAUGCCCUUCAGUAAAGGCCAGGCCUUUGAAAUGGUCAUCAUGGUCACUUCACAGGGCUACCAGAUCAAAGUCAAUGGGAAUGACUUCUACACCUUCGAACACCGUCUCCCUAUGGAGAGAGUUCGUGCAAUGCAGAUUGCAGGAGAUGUUCGCAUCCAGACGAUUAACGUCAUAGGGGGAGGAGGUAUGGGAGGAGGAAUGGGAGGAGGAAUGGGAGGAGGUAUGGGAGGAGGAAUGGGAGGAGGAAUGGGAGGAGGAAUGGGAGGAGGAAUGGGAGGAGGAUACCCAGGAGGUGGCAUGGGGGGAGGAUACCCAGGUGGCAAUGAAGGAGGCAUGGGAGGAGGCAUGGGAGGAGGCAUGGGAGGAGGCAUGGGAGGAGGCAUGGGAGGAGGCAUGGGAGGAGGAUAUCCAGGAAGUGGCAUGGGGCAAGGAUAUCCAGGAGACAUGGGAGGUGGUAUGGGGGGAGGAUUCCCAGGAUCAAACCUGCCGGGCAUGGGCGGCCAGCCAGUCUACAAUCCUCCUGUGCCCUACUCCAACAUGAUCCCAGGAGGGAUGUACCCUAAGAGGACCAUCAUUAUCAGAGGCAUGGUGCCCUAUGGAGCCGACAGAAUGAGCAUCAACUUCUUGGUGAGCAGAUCUCGGGACAUCGCAUUCCACUUGAACGUCAGGGUGAGGGAGGGGUUGGUGGUGAGAAACAGCAUGAUCGGAGGUAACUGGGGCCAGGAGGACAGAGAGCUCAGCAUGAACCCCUUCAUGGAGGGACAGUACUUUGAUAUGUCGAUUCGCUGCGGGAACCAGAGGUUCAAGGUGUUUGUGAAUGGGCAGCACUUGUUUGACUUCGUCCACCGCCUGCAAUCCUUCAAUGAGAUCGACAUGCUGGAGAUAGAUGGCGACGUGCAGAUCUCCUACAUCCACUUCUGAGACCACACACACCUAGGAACUAUAAAUUAUGUACAUUAUUCAUCUAUUUCAUGUGUUUUUCAGCUGUUAAGUGAUCGUUCAGAGGAUCAGCCUCUCUGUUUCUUAUCUCAGGAUCUUAAUCUUCCUGCUGUGUGAUCAUAAUCCUCAUAAUCAGACACAAAGUGACCUCAUCAUAGGCUGUAUUGUUGAGUUAAUAAACAUGUCACAAACACG